UUACACGACAGAUCCUACGAAACUUGCCGCUGAAGGAAUUGCAAAGUUCAAGAACGACAAGCGUGACAUUAUAAUUGUAGACACCAGUGACCGGCAUCAACUGUAUUCUACAUUGUUUGAAGAAAUGCGCCUAUUAUCCGAAUCAAUGAAUCCUGAUCUUGUUAUAUAUGUAAUGGAUAGCAGUAUUGGUCAAGCUGCAUUUGACCAAGCUCAAGCAUUCAAGGAAAAUUUCACUCCUGGAGUUGUCAUUGUUACCAAUAUAAACCGCAACUCUAAAGCCUGUGGUGCUAUCAGCGCUGUUGCAGCAGCAAAGUGUCCCAUAAUAUUAACUGAAACGGGAGAGAAGAGUGAGGAAUUUGAAGCAUUUGAAGCUAAACCUUUUGUCAGGCGUCUCUUGGACAGCCCAUGGGAUAAGCCCCUGGAAUAUACUUUGAGACUAAUGUAUAAUCAUUAUAGGCGAGAAUUAGGAUUGGAGAGAAAGUUGCUUUUCCGCCAUGUUCCGUCUAGCUAUUCGAAGCUAGACCUCGAGAAGUUUAGGCG